AUGCCCAAUAUGCCCGGCCCAGUCAAAGAAUCAAACGUCGACGUCCUCAUCAUCGGCGCCGGACCCGCAGGCCUCAUGGCAGCGAACUGGUUCGCCCGUUUUUCGAAGCAAGGGUUAACCUGUCGCAUCAUCGACAAACGCUCCGACAAGAUCUUUACAGGUCAAGCGGAUGGAUUGCAGUGUCGUACGCUCGAGGUGUUCGAGACCUUCGGGUUUGCGGAUCGGGUUUGGAAGGAGAGUAAUCAUAUGUUGGAGAUCUGUUUCUGGAAUCCUGACGAGAAUGGUGUGAUCAACCGCACCGGCCGCAUCCCAGACACCAUCCCCGGUAUCUCUCACUACCAACAAGUCGUCCUCCACCAAGGCCGUAUCGAGCGUUUCUUCCUCGACGCAAUGUCCCACCACGGAAACAUCCACGUCGAACGCUCCAUCCUCCCGGAAUCCCUCACCAUCUCCCCUUCUUCUUCCUCCACGGACUCCGACUACCCAGUCAAGCUCCAAGUCCGCCACUUGUCUUUGCAAGAGAGUACCCCGUCACAGUUCGGCUCCAACGUCGCAAGCGGUCUCUUCCGUCAAGUCGCAACCGAAGGCGACGUCUCCGACGCUCCCUCCGCCGAACGCACCGGCGAUAGCGAGAUCAUCAACGCAAAGUACGUUAUUGGCUGCGACGGCGCACACUCCUGGACCCGCGCACAAAUCGGUGCCCAAAUGCACGGAGAACAGACUGAUUAUAUUUGGGGCGUGCUCGACGGCGUGCCCAUUACCGACUUUCCAGAUAUCAGGAUGAGGUGUGCGAUUCAUUCCGAGGGGAGUGGGAGUGUCAUGGUCAUCCCUCGCGAACGUGGAGUCGUACGUCUGUACAUUCAGUUGGCAGAACUCGAUGUCGAAGUCGACGGGCAAAAGAAGAGAGUGGACCGUAGUAAAAUCACAGCCGACAUGAUCCUCAAAGCCGCGCAAAAGAUCGUGAGGCCCUACACCCUCGAAAUGGAAGACAUCGAAUGGUUCACGGCCUACCAGAUCGGCCAGCGUGUAACCGACAGAUUCACCAAUGUCGAUGCUACUGCAGCCCAAGGCGAGCAACAUCCUCGCGUCUUCAUUGCCGGUGACGCAUGCCACACCCACUCUCCCAAAGCCGGACAAGGUAUGAACACCUCCAUGAUGGACACCUACAACCUCGCCUGGAAAAUCGCUCACGCAGUCCUCGGUUACUCCACCCCCUCCAUCCUCUCCACCUACGAAUCCGAACGCCGUCUCAUCGCACGAGACCUCAUCGCCUUCGAUCACAAGUUCUCACGUCUGUUCUCCGGAAAACCCGCGAAGAAUGGAGAUGAUAUGGGGAUUUCGUUGGAGGAGUUUAAGAAGGUGUUUGAGAAGGGGAAUUUGUUUGCGAGUGGGACAGCGGUGGAUUAUGGGCCUUCGGCGAUUGUUGCGAAGGAUGGGAAAGCGGUGCCGCAGUAUGCUGAGCCUGAGGAUACCGAUGACCCUUCCGCUGCUGGUGUCAGAACCGUCUCGAGGACUGGGUUGAGUACCAAGAUCCUGCCCGGACAGCGUGUUCCAAGUACGAAGGUCUUGAACCACAGCGAUGCCAGACCAUGGCACCUCAACGAGCUCCUUAAAUCAACCGGAAAAUGGCGUAUCGUCCCUUUCCUCGGCGACCCGCGCUCCGCCUCCCAAAUAUCCCGAAUCCAAGCUUUAGCCACCUGGCUCGAUUCCGAGAACUCGCCCUGGCGACGAUACACUCCCCCAGCCCUCCCAGUCGACGCCCUCUUCGACACUCUCUCAAUUCACUCCGCCCCUCGCGCCGAAGUGGAGUGGUUCUCCUUCCCUCCAGCUCUCCGCCGUACUUACAACUCCCUCUACGUCGACGACGCAUCCUACCACGAGGGACACGGUCACGCUUACGAUUUCUACGGUAUCGAUCGCGAGAAGGGAUGUCUUGUCGUGUUGAGGCCUGAUGGUUAUGUAGCGUUUGUGGGUGAGUUGGAGGACACCGAUCGUGUGGAGGAGUUUUUUGAAGGGUUUAUGAGGGUGCCGCAGGGGUGUCCGAGGGGGUUGGGGGAGUUGAGGAGGGAACUUGGGGCUGGGAUGGAGGUGAAGGAGAGGGUGCUGGUAGAUGUGCAAACCGAUAAAAUCGGACAGGUGGUGCAGAGUGUAGAGGAGUUGGCGGUGUGA